GUCGAAAUAACAACAACUACUUGAAUAACACAACUCCCCGUAGCGCAAUAUACCCGCGGCACGAGUGGGCGAGGAAACACCUUUUCUACCGACCGGACAGCACUCAACAUGCCCAAGUUGUGGGCCAUUGCUGAUAUUCACUUAUCCUUCAAGUCGAAUAGAGAUGAAUGGGCCAAGCUGAAGCAUCGACAGGAUGACGGCCUGAUCCUAGCCGGCGAUGUCGGAGAGUCCUUGGAGCAUAUGCAACUAGCAUUUCGAAAGGCUACCCGGCGAUACAAGCAUGUCUUCUGGGUUCCCGGCAACCACGAGCUGUAUACCAGCUCGCUAUCCUCCCUGCGCGAGGAAGAAAGGCAGCUGCGCGGGGAAGCCAAAUACCACGCCUGCGUCAAGAUCGCCCAGCAUUAUGGUGUCCUGACGCCAGAGGACGACUAUAUGACCUGGGACUACGAGAAUGAAGAUGGCUCCGCCGGAAAAGCCGUCAUUUGCCCCAUUUUCACCUUGUACGACUACUCCUUCCGCCCUCCCGAGGUUUCGCGCGAACAAGCACUCGAUUGGGCCUUGGAAGAAGGCAUUCAAGCCUCCGACGAGACGCUGCUUCAUCCAGAUCCCUAUGCGACACGUGAUGCCUGGUGUACACGUCUCGUGUCUGAAGCCGAGAUCAAGCUCGAGAAAGCGGCUGCGGCAGGCUUGCCCUUAGUGCUCAUCAACCAUUGGCCCCUACGAGAGGAUACUGUAUAUAUACCCCGAGUCCCCCGCUUCAGCCUGUGGUGCGGUACCAAGGAGACCAAUGAUUGGCAUACGAGAUUCCAUGCAAAAGUCGUGGUGACGGGACAUCUGCAUGUCAGGCGGACUGAUUGGAUUGACGGCGUCCGCUUCGAGGAAGUGUCCUUAGGCUAUCCUCGUCAAUGGGAAGAUGCCAAGAACGCCGGCAACGAUGUCAAUACGUUGAUGCGAGAGAUUCUGCCGGGACCCGUCACACCGGAGCCUGGUCAUGAACCGCCAACCACUUUCCUGAGGCUGGGAGUCGAACAGAAACAGUGUAUGUGAGGCAGGCGAUGAUUGACUAUACCACAGCUUCGAUCUCGGAUCUCGUGUGCUAGGGCUAGUCGGUCUGUCCGUCGACGCAGUCGGGCACUCAUUGGCACAUUAGUGGAAGCAAGCGAGCACGCGCCAAUCCUUUACAAGCUCUCGGAUCGUACUCGAGGGCAUCGAGUUCGCCUCUCUGUCGACACGGCAGAAGAGGCAUACAUCAUCUACUAUAUCUCAGGAAACGGAGCCCAAGACAGCGGCUAAAUCUGCUCCAACCGCUCUAGCUGGCCCACCGCCGACGAAACAUCUCCCUCCGCCGCAAAUAUGCCAUGCCCGCAGCAUGGCCCAACCUCCGAGUUGGAGGUGGCUCUACGAUCAUCCCUUUUCAAGACACGAUCCGUGUGCACUUCAAGCUUUGUACAAAUUGAGCUCCGACAUCAUGGGGGUUACUGAGCUUGCAGAUGAUGUCUACAAUCUUCUGUGGUCUGCCGUUGAUGGCCGGCUCAGUUGGUAGGGUACUGCGCGAGCUGGCAGAGUGAUCAGUAUCAUUUGCAACAUGGGGCGGUAUGCUCCGUGGCACUGCAGACAGAACUGUCACUUACUUGGCUGUGGUCAUGCUAUGGAUGUCACCAAAGCUGGUGUGCUCGCUCUCUGAGCGUGAGUGCAUCAAGGACAUGCUGAAAGCUUAAGGACGCAGUCUCUGGCCGCUCGAGUCCGGUGCUGGGAAGUUGGGACGACUACAACAAGGGGAUCGAUCAUACAUGGCGCGCUACUUGCUGAGGAGUGCUCGAGAGCUGGACUACUAUGAUCGUUUCCACAACAUAUUCCCCCGGUUGAGCCUUCUCUGUGCUGACACCCUAUGUGGGGCUAUACGUACAUUUCCACAUAUGGGCUGCCAGCUACAGGCCACCCGGAACGGAGGUAGUCUUGCCGCUGGCUUGUCCCAACGGGGCCUCACCUUUCCAUCAUGGCUUGCACAACCAGCUCAGGGAUACCAGCCCUGGUGAUCGUCGCCUCGUCAGUCACUCUCCAAGCUUUCCACUCUCCAGACACCGAACGACAUCCAGUGCAGCUGUUGGACUCUGACAUGGCCGAAGAGGUUCGCGGCUUCGAGGCGGAAUCAGGGAAGUCUGGACUGACGUAGCCACCACUGCUUGUUCCUACCAGGCUACGACCUGGUAUCUUCAACUACGGGUUCAUAAGGCAAAUGCAGUGAUCCAGGGAGCACUCGAAAAGCUCGUGGCGUGAUGAAGUCAUCAGCGGCGGCAUAAUAUCUCGCUCUGCUACUCCUUGUCAGUUUUCACCCACCAGACGGAGCCAUGGAAACCUUUUCUGCUUGCAAGUAGAAAUUAUAGCAAACUUUCUCAGACGGCUGGUCCUGGCUUUGAGCUGCAGAAUCCUUGCUUGCGGAAACAGGUCGGCCGAGAUCACGUUCACAGCCAAGCGAGCCUGACCACCUACCUGACCUUAUACUACAUGUACUUCUACUCCACACCCCACGCUUUCCCCGUCUUCCACGUCGUUCCCAUUCACAACAGACUUUCCUGCCGAGAAACUGCAAUGAGUAAAAAGGUUCUUGGAGCUUCGAAACUGUAGGCCCAAGUCGUUCACAUAUGCCGCACACCAGGGACACAUUCACCAGUCGGUUGAGAAAUCUGUGCACAAGCAUGCCCAUGGCCUAUGAGCUUAUUCUCCUUUGAGCCAAAGUCUGUUAAUUAGGAUGGGCAGCCCUGUCGGCAACUUCCCAUAUGCAUGUGAUGGAAGUACCGUGCUCACUGCUGACAUUCUUAGGCACCAAGGCACAUACAAUUGACCUCCCCAAAACAAUCUCGUUUCAUCUGUUGCCACGUUGUAGAGGCUUAGACACAUCCAC